ACCAUUUUAACCCAGUUGCUCGACAUCGCCUCCUGGGCGCCAUGCGGCGUGGCUUUCGCUUCUCAGCCUUCCGCCUUGGGCGCCGCGUCGCCCCGCGCGGCGCCUGGGCGCCGCUGGGCCUGGCUUCGGCGGUCGCCGGGGCCACGUGGGAGAGGCGUUGCCGCUGCGACGAUGAGAAGUGGUGGACGGACCCGGCGCAGUGCUCCGAUGCCUGUGCCUUGUGGCAGCGCACGUGGAAUGGCGACUGGGAUGGCCGGGGACCACCGCCAGGGGAGAAGAUGAAAGCGACAGGGAAGAUCCGACACCUGAUUCUCGUCCGACACGGGCAAUAUGACCUGGAGGGCGAGGAGCGCGGUUUAACGGACCUGGGUCGGAGGCAGUCGGAGAAGCUGGCGCAGCGCUUGAGCGCUGAGCGGCAGCUGACAAAGAAGGACCGCUAUGGUGAGGUUCGCAUUCAAUAUGCUGGCAUUUGGGUCAGCAAUGUGACCCGAGCUAUCCAAACGGCACAGAUCCUGGCCGCACACCUGCCGGACGUGCCGUUGAUGGAGCCGGAUGUGCUGCUCAGCGAGGGCAAGCCCACGCAGCCGCAUCCCAGCUCCUCAGCCUCUCGCUUGGCGGAUUUGUGGGAGGAUUCUGCACGGAUGGAAGCGGGCUUUCGCAAGUAUGUACAUCGUGAGGUUGAUCACAAGCGACUGGCCGAGAAGGAAAAGAAAAAGAAAAAAGAGCAAGAGAGCAAGUUAGGUGAUGGAUAUGUGCCGGAGGCCACCCCUGAGGCACAUCGGGAGGAGAAGGAGACGCCCAAGGAAGUGAAGGAACCGAAGGAACCGGAGCACGUCUAUGAGAUCUACGUUUGCCACAUGAACUUGAUCAGGUACUUCGCGGCUCGGAUUGAGUGAGUGGCCACAAUGUGACCACAGAAACCCACGUGGUGGGAAUGUUGACGAAGACCUGUUGGGGCACAGGAGUGAAGAAGAAGAAGAAGAAGAGGAAGAGGAAGAGGAAGAAGAUCAAUCUUCAAGGUACUUGCAAGACCGACUGUGUUCUGAACUGAGGCCCAAUUGCACCUUUGAAUCAUACUGACAUAGAAUCCCAAGAGUCAAGAGUUUCACAUGUUCAAGACCUCCGCCUGAAAUAGUUUGCUAUUAGGUAGGAGGCCAACGCUAUUAGGUUGGAGACCAUCGCUCUCAAGUUGGAGCCCAUUGCUUGCUAUCAGAUUCCUUAUGCUCUUAGGUGGGAGGCCAUCGCUAGUAGGUUGGCCCCACUGAUUCAUUGCUGCCAUUGCCGUUCCGGUUCACUGGUCACUCCUCUCAGGUGAUGCGCGCCUUGCAGCUGCCGCCCGAAGCGUGGCUGCGGCUGCGGGGCGACAACACCAACAUCACGGAGAUUGUUGUUCACGCCGACGGGCGAGUGAGCUUGCACCGCUUUGGUGACAUCGGCCACUUGCCGCUGGACAUGGUGACAUUCCAUUAGAGACCUGGACCAAUGACCUGGAGCAUCAGGAGGGAAGGAGGAUUGCUUCGAUUCGCGUUUCACUGCGCCUUGCGGCAACUAUGAGAA